UAAAUCUAUUUCAAAGGUAUCAAUUCCAUCAUCGGCACCAUAUUCUUCAUCUGUAUCAUCUUCGCACAAAUUUUUUGGGCUACCUCCUUUGUGGCCAACACUUAAGGAUAUGAUUGGCGAAUCCAAAACAUCUGCCAUAUUGUCAACCCGGCUACAUUUUCUGUGCUUUUGUGGGAUCCGAAUCAAGGAUUUAUGUGGAAAUGGAGCUUUUACCUUACACAACAACUCAUGCUGUACAGCCGCAUCAUGGUGUCGACAAUAAUGAUUUCAUAUUUACUAUUAGCCUGUGCUUCUGUUUCGGCUUUAUCUGGACUCUACCUUUGCUAUAUUUUACCAUUUGGCGUGGAAUUCGCUACGGUCAUAUUGAAGUAAUUGCCGGAAUGCCGAUCUACAGACUAGGCAUUGCCUCUUUUAUAUAUGAUGUUCUUAAAACAGUAAUAUGCUGCCUGCCAUUGAAUUUAGCUAUAAUUGCUGUUCACCAUGGCAUUCUUAUGAACAUGGAGGUUUUCAUGUUUUUUAUCAACGUAUUACUAGUAGCUGCUUUUUGUGCCCAGUGCAUGAAUUUUUGCGUUUCUUUCUUUUUGGUAGAGCCCCGUACUGGAUAUUUAAUACAUUCAAUAUUAUUCACACUAGGCAUAGUGAUAUUUAUUCGAAUGGUUGAGUUACACACACUGGAAGAACUGGAAAGAAAUGAAUUUUUGAUGUGGGACCUACAUCCCCACUUCGCACUUAUUCACAACCUGGUCCGCUCUAAUAAGAUAUAUGAUUUAAAAGGCCUGUGCAGUGACCAUCAGACAUAUGAGACUAGUGUGCAUUUAGAGCAAUGUCAAAAAGAACCCAACUGUUGCGAUAAAAGCGCACGGGAACUCAAAAUAUUAUAUUCAUUUAUGAGCUUAUAUCUGUUUAUACUGGUGAUGUGGAUCUUUAUUUAUAUAUUUUUUCAAUUUAAAAGGGUCAAACAUGAGCCGCGCCUACGAAACGAUCUAUGGAACAUUAAUCCAGACAGUCGGUAUGACCAGAAUGUGUUACACAAAAGUCAGCGUAAGGAGCUAGGCAACACCUGCAUUCAGGAAAAGUCCCGUACUCGUACUCUCGAACGUCAAUCCAUCAAAACCAAACCGUUACAUGUCGAAAAUCUAGGAGUUUUCUUCGGAUGCAACGUGGCGCUCAAGCAUAUAAAUUUCAUGGUCGAAUGGUACCAAGGCUGGAGCGUUUGUGGAGAAAAUGGAGCUGGGAAAACUGUGUUAAUUAAGGCAAUUCUAGGCAUUUACUUCCACCAGACGGGUAACAUUAGUAGCUUUGUUAAACAGCCCAACCAACAAGAAUACUGCAUUCACGCCGCUUAUAGUGCUCAGGUUAAUGAAUUAGUGGAGCCGCUGACGGUAUUAGAAGCCAUUGAAAUGGUGCUGCAUACUCGUGGAUUAAUAUAUUUAAAUGUGAAAAACGUGGCACUGGCCUUAUGCAGGAUCUUUAAUUUAUACAAUUUUCGGUUAUUUUCGCUUGCCUCAUGCAGCCUUGGUGUACGGAAGCGUCUAAGUAUUGCUAUAGCGCUAACUGGCUAUGCUGAUUUAGUCUUGCUGGACGACCCUUUUUCCCACUUGGAUAUCAUCAGCCAAAACAAUAUUCAUCAUUUUAUAGAAGCCCUGUGCAGACAAGGCUAUUCAGUGGUCUACACAUGCUCGAAUACAGUGAAUCCCCAAACAGUUCCCCGUAUUGCUACGCUUAGCAGCUCAAGUAUGACAACUUUUGGUGAGCGGCAGGAGCUAAUGGGCAGGAAUUCAACAUACUAUGUCGUCGAAGCUCAAAUCGAUAGUCUUAAGCUUUCAGAUCGAAAAUCUCUAGUGGAGGUGCUCUACCAAAAAUCACAAUUCAAUAUAAGUAAUACUGAUGUUGAUGGAACUAUACAGAGUUGGCCAACAGAAGUACAGGAGCAGAAUUAUACAAUUAUACUUAAAAUGGACGAUAAUUCCAAGUCUGACAUGGUACACCCAGAUAUUUCCUCGAUUAAUCUUAUGAUGUGUCGUCUAAUUGAAAAAAUAUUUCCACACGCAAUUGUUAAGACAGCAAACAUUCACACGGCGUGCUUUUGGCUAUCGAAUAAUAUGUACUCUAUGUCACAGAUACUUAAAACGCUCGAAAGUAACAAACACAUUUUAUACUCUUUCUCAAUUGCUUCACCAACUGUAAGCUCUACACAAUUUACUUCUUAAUCGAUUUUUGAUAAAAAUGAAAUAAACAUGGCUGUUUAUUGU